UUUUUUUUUUAGUGUAUAUCACUUUCUCAUAUUUAACGAAAAACAAUAAUAACAACAGCAACUCGGUCGCGGAACGAUUUCAACCUUCUUCUUCACCUUCCAUCAUUUGAUCUUUUCCCUUUAUUAUUGUGUAUUAUAUUAUAUAUAUGAAUGUCUCUGAAUUAUGUGUACCGCCAACCGAAGCUAACGGUACUUCUAAUAAACAAACCGAUUCUUAUCCAACACCUGACGCCAUAACUUUGGACAAUGAUACCAAUAAUAAAACUAGUAACAAUGACAAUAAUAUAUUUACUUUACCACCAUUAUCACAGCAACAUACUACUCAACAACGUCUACCUAGUCUUGCCAACUUAUCUCCUGUUUAUGAUGCUAUUGAAGAACAAACAGUACGAAGUUCACCUGAUGUCCAACCUGUAGGAAUUAAAGAGCUUAUCGACAAGUGCACUACCUUAUGUCACGACUUGGCUCGAUACAAAACUUGGCGGAAAGGAUCAGAAAAAGACCAUGAAACUAUAUUUGAUUUUGUUACACAUACAGCACACGAAAUUUUGGAUUCUUUAGUAGCAAUGCAACAACAACAAGAAGCUGUGGUAUCCAAUGAAGCAGAAUAUGAAAUGAUACGAAAAGCAAGAAAUUGGAAAGAAAAUAGAAAACCGAAAUAUCGUAGAAGAAGUAAACGAAGUACAGUUGGUCAACAAUGCCAUUCUUGUCUUACCUCCGAAACACCUGAAUGGAGAAGAGGUCCUGAUGGUGCUCGAACACUUUGUAAUGCAUGUGGUCUACAUUAUUCCAAAUUACUUCGAAAGGAAUCCAUUACUGUAGCUUCUUAUAACUUUUUAACAAAUGGUGUAUCCGAUGGGACUAGAAAAACAUCAAUACAAGAAUCAUCAUCUUCUAUACCACCUCCUUCUACAUGUACUCCAUCCCCUUCCAUCACUCCAGCAAAACGUCGCAUUGUAUAUGAACAUCAAUAUCAAUCGCCAAAUAAAUCACAACAUUAUGAUCAACAACAAUCAAUAAAUAAAUCACAACAUUAUAAUCAACAACGAUCGCCAAGUAAAUCACAAAAUUAUAAUCAACAACAAUCACAUCCAGGGCAACAUCAACAACAACAUCAACAGUAUCAUCAUAUCCCUGAUUGACCUUUUUCAUCAUCUCCUUGAAUCUCCCUUCUCCAUUCUUAUUAUAUUCCACUUUUUAUUUUAUUUAUAUUUAUACAUAUGUAGUUUCAAAUACACCCAUACAAGGAUCUCCAUCCUCCCCUCCUUCUUUAUAUAUCAUCAUCCUUACUUAGUUUGAUUUACUUUGAUAUCUUCAAAAUAAAAAAACAUGUCAACC